AUGAGAGAUAGCGAGAAGUUACAGGAUCAGAGUGAUUCCAAUGUCAAUAGUCCUGCUCUUUUGAACUUAUCAAAUGACAAACACUCGGAAAAAGCUAAACGUGAGUAUCGAAUUCUCUUAAGUGCUUUAAUUGAUGUAGCAAGGUUCAUCUUGAAACAAGGAUUGCCAUUUUUGACUGAUGAGGAAAGAAAAUGUUUGGAGGACAAUGGUAAUUUUGAAGCAUUCUUGGAAUGGUAUGGGAAUCACGUCGUUCCUGAUGUGGGAAGAGUUAUAUCAGAAAAUGCUGAAAUGCAUCAAAACAUGAUUGCCCCAAGUGUCCUGAAAAACAUUGUAAAUGUUUGUGCAAAGGAAACAAUUAAAAGAAUUGUUGAAGACUUAAAUGGAGAUUAUUUUGGAAUAUUAGUUGAUAAGUCAGACGGUUCGUGUGAUGAUAACUCUGCACAAUCAUUGAAAGAAACUAUAGAUUCUUUGAUUACGAGUUACUCACUCAGUCCAUCUAAGAUACGUGCACAAGGGUAUAAUGGAGACGCUAACAUGGAAAGUGAGAUCAAUGAUCUUAAGACACUGAUUUUACAAGAUAACCUGUCGGCAUAUUGCACUCAUCACUUUGCCCAACCACUACAUUUGACACUUGUAUCUGUUGCCAAAAGACAACGUGAUGUUGAUGAUUUCUUUGGUAUGCUCUCUUUUAUGUUGAAAGUGAUAGGAGUUUCUUUUGAGCGCCAAGAUUUUUCACAAGAAAAUCAAGUUGAAAAUUUGGAAGAGCUGCUAAAGUUUGGUAAUAUUCUUACUGGGCGAGACUUUAAUCAGAAGUAUGGUAAGCUUGAGAGAUCAGGUAAUGCUCCUUUGGAAUCUUAUUUUGAAACAUUACGUAGUUUCAUUACUAUAUUUCCAUCAGUUGUUCACAUAUUAGAAGUUAGGGCUAACCCAUCGGUGGCCCCCUAA